AUGACAAGGCAAGAUAUUAAAAAAGAGGGAGAUAGGGAUGAGAAUUCGUCCGUCCCUGCGUUUGGAGUUAGUGGACAGUUUAUGAUGACCUCGGAGGAGAAAGCAGUUCCUUCAGAGGAUUUUAACCCACGGAAAAUCGUCGCUUUAACUCUUGACGACUCUCUGGCAAGGCUUUUUGAAUGUUUAACACUUGAAUACAGGUAGGAACUAAUGGAAAUCUGAUGAGUUGGUAUAUGAGUAUCCGACCAUUGGGACGAUUCUCAUGUGUACCACCAACAAGAAAUUUAUAGCGAUGUUGCCGAUGCUGUUCCUCGUUCUUUAUUAAUAAAUGGCGUUUAUUUAUCAACGACAAGAAUGAAUUUUUAAAGAACAAGGCAUUUUAAAACAACGCUAACUUGAGGUUGUAUCAUUCUAUUAAAGUUGAUCGAACUAGUUAAAUUCAAAGUUCAUGCAUAUAAUACCAGUAAAAUUGGUCACGGAAUUCUAUCGUUGUGUAAUCUACUAAUCUGUUAUUGUAUUUGUACAUAUGAUUGUGAAUUGUAUGCUAUUUUUGUACACAGUAACACAUGUUAAACUCGAAUGAACAUAAAAUAUACAAGAUAAGUGGCUUUUCGUGCAAUAAUGUUGUAACCUUAGGUGUCAUUAAAAAUAUGUUUUGUUUAUAUUGGCACGUAAUAUGAGGUCAUUUGGAGGAAUUCCAGGAAUUUAAUCGUAGAAUUUAAGUAAACAUUUCCUUAAAAUGUCAUCAAUAUUGAAUAAUAUGUCACUGCCCCCUUCAAUAUUCCGAUGCAUAAGGCCAUGGGAAUGAAAGUCAUAGAUUUGCGUCCGGAUAAUUUUGAAAAAACAUGCGGGGUUUUUUCAUUAUUCAUUAUUUUUUUACCAUCCUUUUGGGUGGUAAAUACAGAGAUCAAAACAUGAAUUACCGUUUACGCCACGGAAUUACAUAUAUCUCGAGCUCACGCAGUUGCAGUACUGAAGAUCUGUGUGCCAAUUUCGCCAUUUCGGUGAAUAUAAUUUGGAAUUUCAUAGUCAUAGAAUGUGGAUACUGAGGACAAACACACUGCCAUAUGCGAGGGGUGUAUCACUCAAAAAAAGCGUACGAGAUUUGGGGAUUUUCAAAAUCCCUCAGGGAUUUUUAGGGAUUUUCACGGAUUUUUAGGGAUUUUCGAGGGAUUUCAAAUAAAAAAAAUCCCAGAAAAAAAUCAACAACUUCACAAAAACUUUACUUUUACUUUAGUUUUGUACCAUUAUUAACACAUUAGACAGCUAGACUAACAUAGCGAUGACUGGAAAUACCAAAAAUAACAAAGAAUGUAAAAGUUUAAAUCUGACUGAACAGUAACACUCACCUAAACGUUAGAGGAUGUAUCACUCCAAAAAGACCUCACCUAUUCCUAGAAUGCUAAUUAUUAAGUAAAAAGUAAUAAUAAUAAUAGUCGACAGUAUAGCUCCUGCCAAAUAAUGUAAACUUUAUUAUUUUGUUAAUGUAACUUUUGAAGAUACACCAUAGAAUAUCAAAGAUUCUAUUGUUAACAAAAACGUCUUUACCAUAUAUUUGUACCUAAAAUAACCAAUCGUGGCACAGGCAUGCACAACAAAGUGAACUUAUUACUUUAAUUAAAAUCAAAGGUUAUUUUUGAGUGCCAGUUGGGUAAAACCUUCCGGACCACCUCUACAGGAAUAGAAAACGAAAACUCAGGAUUUUCUUGCAAGGAGGAGUCGUCAAUACUUCCAACAUAAUGCUUCAUGGAUAAAUAACCAGGAGUAAAAACGUUUUCGAUUGGUUUAAAAGUUAUUAGACCUCCGCUGGUAUUGUUUCCAGAAACAGCUCGGGUUCCUUGAAACCAGUUUGCCAGUACACCAAUGUUCUUAUGCGAAUCCUUUGUGAGAUCUACAUAGUCUGACGAGUAUUGUCUUUCUUUCUUGCUGCCAGUAAGGUAGGAAAACUGGAUAACUCUGCCAACUAGACACUUUUCACAGUCUACUCUUGAAAAGAAACAAAGAUCUCCACAUCGCACUGAUUUCUGUGGUCCUGUUUCUCUACCUGUGUUCGAAAAGAUGUGACUUGGCUGCUCAUCACGUACACGCAACAAGCGGUCGUUCGAAAGUUGAAAGUUUUCUUGUAAAAGAUAACGGCCAUUAUAACGGCCAUUAUACUUGUAACCAGAGUAGUUCAGCUUUAAUUAAAAAACUUGUUUUAAAAUACUUAUUAAUUUUGUAACGAUAUUGGGAAUGUUACUAAUUGAAGGAAUAUGCAUAUACAUAUACAUUCCAGUGACAGUGAGUGAGGCAGAGUAGACACCACCAUAGCCCAUAAGUUCUAACAAGCUCAGAAUGCUUCUGUUUAAUUAAAAUAAAGAUAUGAAAAAAGAACACUUACUGUAAUCUUGAAACUAUCAACUGGUUUUAAACCAACUUGGGCCAAUUUUUCCUUAGCUUCUGGUUGAUUAUGAAUCCAGUUAAGCAUCCGUUUAUGUAUUUCGCUGACACUCAGUGGUGGGCAGGAGCUUGUGGGUUUUGUCAUUGUGAUUUUCUUCGCAGAAUCUUUUGGGAUUUUUUUAGAUGACCUUUCUGACUUAAGUUUCUCCACAGCAUCAAGAAAUUUUGUUAAUAAUGUUGAAAAAAUUGGGCUGCAUGCAGUACUUAAUCUGAAAAUCAUUUACGUUUAUUUUAUUAUCUCUUUUUUUUCUCGAAAAUAAAUAACAAAAUCAUUCAAUAGUUUUGAUUUUGAAAAUUUGGCAUACAUUUUUGAAGAAAAAAAUCAAUACCAUUGUUGAAAAUUCCAAACAUUGCAUCUUUCUCUUCAACAAUGUCUGCCACUGUUUUGACAAACGAGUUUCAAUCUCGUCUUUGCUUUUUAGUUUAAGAACCGAAUCUAUUGUCUCAUAGCCGCUGAAUUUUAUUAUGUUUUUUAGAUAAGUUCCUUUUGAAGGAAACAUAUUCCAAAUUUCAUCAGGAAUAGCAUCUGUAGUUUUUUUAGGAUCUGUAGAAUCAAUUUCAAAAACCUCGUCAACCUCCAUUUUUAACGCAAUAGUUUUGGCGCGAAAUUAGUGCAUAACCUUACAUGAAGUAGUUGGAGUACUUAGGAUUUUUAGGGAUUUUUAUUGAUUUGCAGGGAUUUUCAGAGAUUUUUCGAGAUUUUUAAAGAUUUCUCGAGAUUUGGGGGAUUCUUAAGGAUUUUUAAGGAUUUUUAGGGAUUUUUUUGAGGGGUGUACGAGAUUUUUUGAGUGAUACACCCCUCGGCCAUAUGUUCAUUUUAUUGUAAUCAAUACACAAUUUUAUUGCUAAUUUUAUUGAGUUUUGCUUUAUUUGUGAAAAUAAUGAAUUUUUUUGUAAAUAAUGAAAAUUUUAGGCGGUAGCUUUUGAGGCAUGCGGGCGGUGGACGCAAAUCUAUGACUUUCAUUCCCGUGGCCUAAGGCAUAUUUAUACCAUUUAAGAAUAUGUAAACAGUUGACAUUGUGUAAACGCAUAUAAAACCCCGCUCAAUCAAGGAUGAGAGUCGGCAGUCACGCAUUAUUACAGGGGACAUUUAAGCUCUAGAUUAACAAAAUAAAGGUUUGAUUCAUGAGUGUUCCAACUAAUGUUUUAACUUCAAUAAAAUACAUGAUACUGUUGUUGGGAAAGCAUUAAGAACAGCUACUGCGAUUUCCAGUUGAGUGUGGAAUUACGAAAGUUUGUUCGUAGAAUUUGUUCGUUAAUUUUUGUCGUUUGAAAACAAUGUUUGUGACGUCAUUCUAUAAUGUUACCAGGCGAGCACACAAUGUUGUCAAGUAAAAACCGUUAGACUGCCAAUCAUUACAAAACGAAAUAAGUUUCUAUUUAUAGUUGUGAACUUGGCAGUGUUUUACUUGACAACAUUGUCAGCUUGCCUAACAACAUUAUAGAAUGAUGUCACAAACAUUGUUUUCAAACGACAAAACUUGACAAACAAACUUUUGCAAUUCCAUACUCAACUGGAAAUUGCAGUAACCAAGAUUGCAUUGCAUGACUGCCAACUCUCAUACACUCGUUUGAUCCAGGUUUAAGAUGUAAUAUCUACCCCCUGCCAUGGAAAAAAAGUUAAUCUUUCAAGUUAAUCUUUGUUAAGCCCAUGGCAAGGGCACUAUUAACGCACAGGCAUUUAUACCCCGAUAUUUGACAACGUAGCUAAGUGCAACAAAAGUACCUUAUUAUAGGAUAUUAACGAUGCACUUUAUUAGCACGACAUCAAAUUAACGCGGAUUGCUUCUAGGUCUUUUAAAACAUGAUUAUAUUAACGCGAAUCUGAUCUCCAUGGUUGACAAAUUAAUUAAAUUAACGCGGAUCGGAAAAUAUAGCCACAACAACAACAAAGGUUUAAUGUUAAGAGGAGCACUGAUGUUUUUAGUUUACGUUAAUAUGCUGUAUUUUGAUAUUAAAAGAGUUAGUGUUGUAUAAAACAAAUCUAGGUAUUUUUAACUAACGAUAAAUGAAAAUUACAUACUUAAAAUUAACAAUCACAUAAUUUUUAAAAUCCGCGUUAAUAAAGUGCAUUGUUAAUUUCCUAUAAUAAGGUAUAUUGCAUUUGAUAUUUUGCACCUGAAAAUAGAACAAACUUCUAUGUUUGAAGCGAAGACCUAAUAGCGUGGGUCUGUUAUAAGUUGUCUGUCAUGUAACAAAAACAUUGCAAACCAAUGGAUCAUCUAUCAAGACAGAUUAUCUGUAAUUAUCUGUUAUUGAUCUGUCUCUAUGUUGAAAUACGGCAUUUAGACAAAAAAUCGGCUGAUUUGUCUGGUGUGUUUACAGUACGAUGGAUCAAACAAGUCAUAAAUAUAACCUUGUUCUUAUAAAGUUUCUAUGAAAAAUUCCUUUGUCUAUAUGAAAAAUAGUCCGCAAGUAAUAGAAAACCAUACACUGGAUUACAUGCGUGGUCUUCAAAUUUCACUUUCUGUUUCAUUUGUAUAGUGGCAGCAUCUUACUCACGCCAAAGUGGAAGAAUUUCCGAAGCCAGAAACUCAAGUUUGCUGAGAAAACUAGAAUCAAUAAUGCAAUCUGGAGAUCCUGGCAUAUUCAAUGUUAGUAAUGUAUACAGCAUGAUCAGUCAUGUUAUAUCAGAUAGGUUGUAUCUCAGAUACAACAUAGACUCAAAUGCUUUAUAUGGCUUGUGAAAUGUAAUGAUUUUCAACAAUUGUGUUAAAAGAAAUUGUUCAAAAAGAAGUGAUUUUAAAUUAAGUGAGGAAAUUAAGGAAAAAAUUUAUGCAAAUCAGGAGAAUUUUGUACAUAUGGAUAUAGCAUUUAAAUGUUGAUUUUUUAAAUUUUUGUCAUGAAUUAUUAAAUUAAAAGCCUUUCUGCAAGAAUGAAACCCCAGUCAAAUACGUGAAAUGCAUGUGCACUAAUCACUGUGACACUAACACACGCUCUCUCUUCUGUGAUGACAUAUAAUUUCAUUGUGAUGUGAUUGUUUUGUUUCAGUUAAAGAAAGCAAGAGACCGCUCUUCUGUCAGUUUGACAACCCCUUGACAGAGAUGGCCAAACAACCACGGCCUGUGGUAAGUUAACUGAUAAAGAAAAGUUAAUGUUUUAUCUUGUACCACAUAGACACUGCAAGCCACAAACAGUCUUCCAUACAUUCACACAAAUUAGUAAGGAGUUGGAAAAUGAAAGUCAAUCCCCCCAAAACUAUAAAAUGUUACCCCCUACCCAUUGAAAAUCAAUCUCUGACUCUUUGGAGGACCCCACUCUUUGGAACUUGACACCCCCUUACUUUGAAUGUUGACUUUCCCCCACCUCUUUUGUCUGUUGCCCCCCUUGAGGAAUCCUCUUUGAAAGUUGAAGCCUCCUCCCCAGAUUUGGAAUUUGAACAACCCCAAUUUAAACUUUAAAUUUGAAAGCUUAACCCCACAUUUUGGAAACUGAUCUCCCCCACUCUUUGGAUCCCCCACCACCCAUUGGAAGCUGAUCCAAGGCUUACCCAGGCUUCCUGCCAUCCUCUGGAAAAUGACACUUCCCCUGUUGAUCUUUGGCAAUUAAUCCCUCCCCUAUUUGCUCUUUUCUCCAUAGAAAUCAUGGACACUUUCUUUCUUAAAUAUAAUCAAUAGACCUUUCCCCUUUUGAGUGAAACUUUGAUCUAGACAAGUCUGGACAAAAAUUUCAUCACAGCUUGAAAGAGCAUCACAAAAUUAGUAAUAUUCCGAAGUUUCGUUGCGAAAUGUUGUAAAAUGCGGAUAAUAUAGCCUUGCGAAGUUUGCCGUUUUUCAGUCAUUUUGUAUUUGUUUGUUCAAAGCUGGGUUAGCUUAACCCUAGGUUAACGCAAAAUUCAAAUCAAACUUCCUGACCGCUUGUCUAUAAAUUUGGAAAUAUUUCUUCAGAGAUCUUGUCUGGAUCGAAAAUAGUUUUCUUCUCUGAAGUUUUGAAAUAAACAGACGUGCAGAAAUAUACAAACUAAAACAACAGGUUAAAUUUUAACCCAGGGUUAGCGCUAACCCACCUUUGAACAACAGGCCCCAGAUGAUCAAAUUUGAUUACCAAUUUCCCAUUUGUAAUGCAAAAUGACUGAAAAACGGCAAACUUCGCAAGGCUACAUUAUCCGCAUUUUACAACAUUUCGCAACGAAACUUCGGAAUAUUACUAAUUUUGUGAUGCUCUUUCAAGCUGUGAUGAAAUUUUUGUCCAGAUUUGUCUAGAUCAAAAUUUCACUCAUAAGGGAAAGGUCUAUUUGUGAUUUCUAGACAUUGAUGAUAGAAGGUAAAUAUUGGAAACGAAAACUUGAAGCUGUCGCAACCGAAUAUCAGAAAUGGAGAGUGUUCUAUAAACAGAUGGUAUACUACAUCUAUCAUUUUCAACAUUUAAUAAAAUAACCAAAUUAUGCUUUGUACAUAUUGGACAAUAUUCCCUGUUUUUAUCAGGUGGAGGACAAGUUCCAAGAUGUUGAAUUAAGACACCAGACCGAAGAGGUAUUAAUAUCUUCCAUAUUUGUCAAGGAUAUUUUUGUGGAUGAAAUAUAAAUAAAGUAAAUUCUCUAUAGGAACUAGUCUUGUGUACCUAAUUCACAUUGUGAUGAAAGAUCUUUUGUCAUACAAGCAAUUCGGCAUAAAGAUUUCUUCCAAAUGUAAUUAUUAAGGAAUGAUUGUGACUCUCUUUUAGAUCCUUCGUCUUGAUCAAGAAAUUUCAGACCACCUACGUGAACGCGAAAAACAACGGUAAUCUAUGUGACUAUGUUUCAAAUGUGCUUCGAAAGAUUUUAUCACGGAUUUUAUCACGGCUUGAAAGAGCAUCACAAAAUUAGUAAUAUUCCAAAGUUUCGUUGCGAAAUGUUGUAAAAUGCGGAUAAUAUAGCACUGCGAAGUUUGCCGUUUUUCAGUCAUUUUGUAUUACAAAUGGGAAAUUGAUACCGCUUUCUGAAAAAAGGUAUCAAUUUCCCGCGCGUAAUACAAAAUGACUGAAAAACGGCAAACUUCGCAGGGCCAUAUUAUCCGCAUUUUACAACAUUUCGCAACGAAACUUUGGAAUAUUACUAAUUUUGUGAUGCUCUUUCAAGCCGUGAUAAAAUAUUUGUCUAGAUUUGUCUAGAUCAAAAUUUUAUUCAUUAGGGAAUAGGUCCGUUCGUGUUUUAUCAGACCUAAAGAUAUUCGGCGGCUUCGCCUCGUAUCUUAAUAUCUGAUAAAACACUGCUGCUCAUGUUUUAAAUAGUACUUAAAACCUGAGUAUCUUGUGCUCAGCCUUUGCCUAAACAUAGUAUCCUAGCUGACAUGAACAAUGUCUGUCAACUAGAAGUCGGUGGACCCAUUGUGGAACAUGCGCGUUAGGGUAUCCUUCAAAUUGUCAAGUUGCAAAUCUUCAAUGUAACAAAUUCAGAUGGUAAAAAUGUUAGAGCCGUUCCCACGUGCUGGACUAUUUUUCUAGCCCUGACUACUGCUACAAUAAUGUACAUAUAUGAACAGGCAAUUCCAGCUUUUAGUUUAUGCCUGGUUCACACUAGUCGUAAGAAUCGGGGAUUGCCAUUGUUUGUGGUCAUUGGUGUGUAAAAUGCUUUGUCUGUCGGAAAAGAAUACAAUAGAUCGCCGAUGAAUUAAGACCAGUGUGAACCAGGCUUUAUGCGUGCAGGGGACGAUGGGAAGUAAGGUAUCAUAUUGCUGAUUGUGCUGAAAAAAUAAAAAUGGUGGCCGUGUAAACACGGAGUGAUAGCUUAUACUUGUAAAUAUUGAAAUAUUUCGGUUGUUUCGGAAGUUUUUAUUGAAAAUUUUCAGCAUAAUCAGCAAUAUGAUACCUUACUUCCCGUCACCCCCUGCGCGCAUAAAUUAAAAGCUGGAAUUGCCUAUUCUAAGUAUUUAACUUGUAAUGUUCACAUUUUGUUUUUUGAAGAAAAUUUUCGCUAGCCAACCAAGCACAAUCGUUAGGUAGUGAUGUUGGAUCACCUCUAUCACUCGUUGUCUCACAGGCGUUGGAAAUGGUCGAUUCUUGUAACUUAAUGGAAAGUACGUAGGUCAUGAUGAAGUACGAAUUUUACAAUUGAUGCAGUCCAGGCCUUAAAAUAUCUUUUCCAGGGCCGUCUGCCAAAAUGUCCGGUGACGUUGAGUUUGGGUCGGACAUAUGUCCGAUGACCUUCAGUUCAGUUUUGACUCGGAAAUAAGUCUGAACGACACAAAUGAAUAAACGGUAAAUGUUGUAAAGAUAUUAAAUACUUUGUUUCUUUCAUACUUAUUUCCAAGCCAAUAUUAACUUGCUUUCCAGAACAGCAGUAUUAAAAAAGACUUCGACAACUUAAGCCCGUUUUCCACUUCACCAUUUCGCUCGCCGACCCGUGCUCGACUACGUUAAAACAACAUUUCUAGUUCACCUUUUAUACAAUAGUACUCUGACUUUCCACUUAACAUACAAGCCUCUAGUCCUGGGCUAGGGUACAUUUUGAUUUACGUCGGACAAAGCUACCGUUCAGUCGGACACCAAUACACUCGGGUCGGGCAAACAAUAAACCUCAGUUUCACUUUGGUCGGACAGAAUGUCCGGUGGUUUCCUUUCUACGUCGGACAAUUUCACGAAUGGGUCGGACAAUGUCCUUGAUCGACCGAUAUUUUAAGGCCUGGGCAGUAUGAACAGUAUGUUUUUGUUUUUUUUACUAUCAUGUUGAAACAUAGACAGGGGCGCUGAAGUUUGCUCGUUUUCGGGUUGGACAGAAAUGGUUGUGUUGUUUGAUUGUGUAAUUAUAGGCGAAGCUAAAUAAAUAAAAACAUUGACAUUGAGACGGUUUCUUCAUUUUCCAGACAUGGUAUUUUCACUUCCCGACACUCUAUUCUCAAGUCUUGCUAACAACCAGGCCAUGGGCAGAGUCAGAUCUGGCACGUUUAAAGGUAUAACUGUGUUUUAAUGUUUGUGCACUGCAUUUAUAUUUUAGUUAGAAAACACAAGCAAACAAUUUCUAACAAUGCUGUGCUGAGUGGUUAUAUUACUACUACCUUAAAAAAUAAGCAGAAACUCGACGUUUCGAGCGAAGGCCCUUCUGUAUCGCACACACGAGUAAUAACUAUAUCAGUUCUAAACUGUUCUAUCUAGAGGUCCAGUAAGGUACAUCUCUUAUUGAUCCAGUGUUACUACAUGAGGAAACCUAAACUAAACUAACUUUAUUUAUGCUGGAUAGCUCUAUCAGUUCUAAACUGUUCUCCCUAGAGAUCCAGUAAGGAUCAUCUCUUAUUGAUCCAGUGUUACUACAUGAGGAAACCUAAACUAAACUAACCUUAUUUAUACUCGAUAGUUCUAUCAGUUCUAAACUGUUCUCCCUAGAGUUCCAGUAAGAGCGAUCUCUUAUUGGGGCCUGACCCUCCUGUAAAAAUCUUGUACAAAUAAGUGAAAUAACACAAAUCACACUCAUAUAAUGUAAUUGUCAUAUAAUACCAUUAAUUAAAACAUUGUAAUUUCAUACCAUUAAUUAAAACAGUGUUUUGAAAACCUAGUUUUUUACAAAAUGUGUUCUCAGAAUGCUGCAAAUGCUAUUUCCGGGGUCCAAAUUUUAAACAUUUUCUUGGGGAGGGGGGCAUGCCCAUGAGCCCCCCCCCCCCAAUAUUUCAUAAAGUGUCCGCCACUGGAUAGACCAAAUAGUGGUCAAAUUGCGCGGACUUGUAAUCUAGUCCAGUCCUCAUACCAGGUGAUCUCGUGUUCGUAUUUUAGCCAAUCAGCGCUCAGAAAGGGUUGUCCGAAUAGAAAUCCAUUUUGAUGUAUUCAGUCAAUUAUAUCUUUCAUUAUUCUUUAUGAAACUAGUUGAAAUUUUGUAAUUAUGUUUAGUUAUGAGAACUAUAGCUCUGACAAAAAUAUGGAAUCGAAAUAAAGUAUAUUACAGGAGAUAUUCAGUUGUUUUAAUCAUAAAAUGGAUUUCUAUUUGACAACUAGUGCCAGUACUUUUCCGCGUAUCAAGAUUAUCUGGUAGUCGGAUUUGAAAUAUUACUUCUCACAUUAGACUGAGGUGAAAUUAUAAUCAGACAACUGCAGGAAUGAAACCCGGCCACCAUCAUCCAUCGCCCUCAAAAAACGUAUGUGUCUAUAACCUCAGGAUGUAACGCUGAGUGUCUAUUUGUAUUAUUUUCUCUGCAGAUACCGCAGAUACGGUACAACCAACACUAGACACUCUGCAGCCAAGUCUAGAGGCCAUGACACCUGUCCUCGAUGAAUUAAUUGAACAAUUAGAAUCCUCGAUGAAAGGCUCCGGUAAGCCGCUAGACCCCCCACGUUUGAGAUAUCCUCUUCAGGUAGUUAGUACUGGACCACCACGUUUGAGAUAUCUUUUUCAGGUCGUUCAGACACAAAGCACAACAGCCUAUUGUAGAAUGCUAUAUACCUACACUGGACCACCAUGUUUGAGAUAUCUUUUUCAGGUCGUUCAGACACAAAGCACGACAGCUUAUUGUAGAAUGCUAUAUACCUACACUGGACCACCAUGUUUGAGAUAUCUUUUUCAGGUCGUUCAGACACAAAGCACAACAGCCUAUUGUAGAAUGCUAUAUACCUACACUGGACCACCAUGUUUGAGAUAUCUUUUUCAGGUCGUUCAGACACAAAGCACGACAGCUUAUUGUAGAAUGCUAUAUACCUACACUGGACCACCAUGUUUGAGAUAUCUUUUUCAGGUCGUUCAGACACAAACCACGACAGCCUAUUGUAGAAUGCUAUAUACCUACACUGGACCACCACAUUUGAGAUAUCUUUUUCACGUAGUUCAGACACAAACCACGACAGCGUAUUGUAGAAUACUACGCACUGGGAAAAAUUUUGAAAAUCCAUAGAAGGUCAUAGAAUGGAAUUUGUAUGGAUCUUUAUUGGAAAUAGAAUGGAUUUUGGUUAUCCAUAAUAAUUGUAUAUUUUCAUACUAUGGAUAUAGUAUCGAAAUAGUAUGGAUAUACUAUGGAUUUAGUGGUGCAAUUGCAAAUUUCAUAGUAUGGAUUUUACAUUUUUUUCCAGUGACCUACACUGGACCACGAUGUUUAAGAUAUCUUUUUCAGGUAGAAUACUACCUCCACUGGACCACCACGUUUGAGAUAUCUUUUUCAGACACAAAUUACGGCAGCGUAAUGAGUUGAAAGCAUCAUGACAUUGCAUUCUAAAAUUGCGACAUUUCUCCCCCGAAGGCAGAGAGAUUCACAAAAAGCAGACAGCUUAAUGUAAACACAAAGCGCGAUCGUCAAAACAAUUCUUACGGUACCUCUUUUCUCCGCAGAGCUUAAUUGGGACUUCGAUUCGUUGGAGAAAAACUACGAUCCUUCAAUGGGUUUAGUUCACUCGUCAACCGCCACCGGAGUUGAACCAAUGGACCACUCAGGCCAGUAUACUCAACCUUAUGUAUCAUCUAUGCGGAGUAUGGUUUCAUCCAGUCCAGUAAAAACAUCGUGGCCUGCACAGACGAGUACUGUAUCGACACACUAUCCAGCAAGUUCGUGCAGUCAGAUGGAAGCUCAGUUGCCCGUAUGGACAUCGUCGCCUGUUAUUCAUCCCAAUAUAAUAGGGUACCAAACCAUCGGAAUGCCGGGGAAUUGUGCGCAACAACGACAAAAUGCCGGUAGGGCGAGACAGGUGCCAAAUGCAUCCACAGAGAUGGAUAUUGGUGUAUCUAAUCCGGUUAUCAGCUCGCGUCCCUAUGUACCACCUUUAGGUAUCGGAAAACGAUUACUAGGGCUUCCUAGCGCAUGCGCUGUCGAAGCAGCCGCUGGUCGCUUGCCACGGAAUGCCUCGGACUCACAAUUAUACCUACUUGCCGCUGGUGAUUCGCCAUCCAAACUGCGGCCGCACCUACCAGUUGAGCUCCAGGCCCCGAAUUUGGUCGCGCAACUUAAGUUGACAAAACCGCGACAAAUGCUAAUCGAGGAAAAGGCGAAAAGACUUCGUAUACCUCGUAAUAAGUCCGCCCCAGGUCUUGCAAGUUUAGAUUCAAGCUCGCAGCUUAAGAAAGCUCCACAAGUAGGCGGAGUGAGGGCCAAAAGACUGGGACGAAUUCCAAGAAAUAGGUCGGAUUCUGCUUUAGCGUCGUUGGUUCGACAAACCGAGCAAACGUCAAGUACAGCCCGACGUGAUUCUGAAUCUGGCGAUUCCCCUCCUUCAAUGCGGGCUACUUCCACCCAGCCUGCGGGCACGCUGGAGCAUACUCCACACGUGUUCACUAAACGUCAACUGUUCCACCCCGGGGGCGAGGGGGCAGCCCCGCAUCCGUCACAGCUUGUACAUGAUAUGGUGGCGCACCUCAUGACUAAGGGAAUCUCGAUGGAGGAAAUUCUUCAUAAGCUCACCAGUAUGGCAGCCGCGGGUACUGUGCCGCAGGCUCAAGCUAUCUCACAUCAGGUAGGUGUGCAGGAUACAGAAAGUAUAUUUAGAGUUCACUAAAGUUCUAAACAGUAUCUUUCAGCAUAUGCUGGUCGACCAGCAAUUAUCAAAGUGAGAAAAUAAUUUUUAUUCUUUUCAUUAUCUGCAGUAAUCUUGUAUUUGAACGCAAAUAAAUAGAAUUGAAAGAUGUAGAUCAAUUUCUUGUUUACUCUCUGCUUCCCCUGUAACGCUUUGGGAUGAAACGAGGAUGAGGGUACAUGAGGGUUGACAGUCACGCGAUCUUGGUUAGCUAAUCUUAAUGCUUUCCCAACACUAUCAUGUAUUCUAUUGAAGUUAAAACAUAGCUGGAACACUCUUCAAACCUUUAUUUUGUUAGUCUUGAACUUGAAAUGUCCCUUGUAACAAUGGGCAAUUCUAGCUAUGGACUACAUUUUGGUCUAGGCAAAAAGAACAAAAUCCAUCACCUCAGCUAGAAAGAGCAUGUUAGAAUUAGUAAAAUUGCAAAGUUUGGUUGGGAAAUGUUGUAAAAUGAGGAAAAUAUAGUCCUAUGAAAUUUGCAAACUUUGUAUUAAUUUGUAUUACGCACUGGAAUUUACAUCACUUUCGGUCCAAAUGUGGUGCAUUUUCCCGCCCGUAAUACAAAUAUUAAUACAAAAUUUGCAAAUUUCGCAGGGCUAUAUUUUCCGCAUUUUACAACAUUUCACAACCAAACUUUGCACUUUUACUAAUCCUAACAUGCUCUUUCUAGCUGUGGUGAUGGAUUUUGUUCUUCUUGCCUAGAUCAAUUUAGUCUACAGCUGGAAUUGCCCAUUCGUGCCUGCCAACUCUUGUUUGACCGGGGAUUAAAACCCACUAAUUUCUGAAAUGUUCGUUGACAGAUAACCUCGGCGGCAAGCAGCAUGGCCAGUCUGUUACAAGAACAACAACAACAACAACAACAACAACAGCAGCAGCAAACCUCUCUCUCUAAACCCCCACCCUACCCAACAUCCCAACCCCCUCGCACCUCUACAGUCACAGCCCCCCGGUGUCGACGUAAGCCCCAGACUCCCAGACCGAGCGCAAAGACAGAAUCUCCUGCGAUCGGUGAAAGAAGUGGUAUUCGAUCAAACAGUAACAUCGUUCAAAAUAUGCUUGUUCAAAACAGGGCAUCGCCCGAACCUCGGGUGCCUAGCAUUGCAUCCUCGAAUCCUGUGAUGGAGGGGCUGACUUCCCGGUGGGGGAAUGAGACCACCACCACCACCAAUCAUGGUACAACUUCGCAUACUCUUACGCAUAUGUCAGAACCGUUGUGCAUACAGAUCGCGGACACUGAUGAUUAUCCGAUGUCUGUACAAGGUAGUCUGGGAGUGACGGAGAGUUCUCCAGUUCAUAAGCAGGUCAGAGGUCGGAGAAAAGAUACAGGAAACCCAAGCACUGAAUAUUCACCAUCCAUGGUUAUGACCACGCCUUCUGUAAGUAUGGUAAGUAUAUAAACACUAACUUUAUUUACAUUGGAUAGCUCUGUCAGUUCCAAAAUGUUCACCCUUAAGGUCUAGCAUAGCACUAAUCGAAGGGGAGAUGGCUGUGAAACUCAUUAGAAAAACAAUAUAACUCAUUAUCUAUGUUAAUCAACGUUUAUUCAUAAAUCUGGUCCUUCACCGUCACGUGUGUAUUGUAUUUUUGCCCAACUAACCAAUAGCAAUGUUUUAGGAAAGUUACCUAUCCGUGACUCGAACAAUAGGGAAAUUGGAGAUUGCUAUUGGUGGAUUUGGCCAAAAUACAAUAAGCACGUGACGGUGAAGGACCAGAUUUAUGAAUAAACGUUGACUAACUUAGAUAAUGAGUUGUAUUGUUAUUCUAAUGAGUUUCACAGCCAUCUUCCCUUCGAUAGACUAUGGGUCUAGUAAGGGUCAUUUCUUAUUGAUCCAGUGUUACUACAGGAGGAAAGCUAAACUAAACUAACUUUAUUUAUACUGGAUAGCUCUAUCAGUUCUAAACUGUUCUUCCUAGAGGUCCAGUAAUAAGAGUCAUGUCUUAUUGAUCCAGUGUUACUACAGGAGGAAACCUAAACUAAACUAACUUUAUUUAAACUGGAUAGCUCUAUGAGUUCUAAACUGUUCUUCCUAGAGGUCCAGUAAGGAUCAUUUCUUAUUGAUCCAGUGUCACAACAAAAGGAAACCUAAACUAAACUAACUUUAUUUUUACAGGAUAGCUUUAUCAUUUCUAAACUGUUCUCUCUAGAGAUCCAGUAAGGGUCCAGCGGUACUACAGGAGGAAACGUGAACUAGACUAACUUGAUUUAUACUGGAUAACAUUCUUCAAGAUAUUUUUUCUAUUUACCAGACAUCAACCGUUCAUAGCGAGGCUCAGGCGUCUUCGUCGUCCAAGACUGACGUGACGAACAGCAGAGACGGUAUGAAAUACUUUUUGAGCUUUUCCUAUCAUGCCUGUAUGUGGAUACUCUGCUAGCAGAGUAGUAAGGCUCGUCCUCGGUUGAUCCGGUGUUCAAGUUUUAUAUGAACAUAGUCUUUGGAGACAUGGUCUGGAAACUCAGUAAACUUCAAAACGGUUAUAAUGAGCUGGGAGUUUAUGUUGAGCCGUACCUUACACCGUGCACAUGCUUUGUUUAAGAUUUAUUAAUAUUUAAAUAGCAUGGUUGAAUGACUGAACUGAAUCGUUGCUGUUGGAUGAUUCAUUCAAAUUUUCCUGAAAUACAAUGUGUUCAUUGACCGUGCACUGUGCACAAAACUGCAUAAACGCGAACAAAAAGAUAGAACAAAGACUUUAGCGGAGUUUCCAAACAGUGUUUUGAAAGACUAUGAUAUGAAUUAUAAACGUAUUCUCGUUGUAGGCCCAGCAUCUCCAACCGUUCAAGACAACACAAACACAGACUCAGAACCUCAGGUAUUUUUGUCUUCAAUAAUUCUUAAUGAUAUUCCACCUUGAUAUGCGAGUCCACUAUCUGGUGCUCUAAGAUUUAAAAAAUUUUCUUCAAUGCGUUUUGUUUUCAGAGUCGCUCAGGACCACGAUCUAGAAAAGUACCUAAAGAAAAAUAUAAGGUAAGCCAAAAUAAUACCAUGUGAGCAAAAAUAUAUGGAGCUCACGGCCCGAGAAUACCAUAGACACAGGCCACCGCGAGCCGAUUGCACGAAGGCGGAUAAUGAAUUUUUCAAUCAAAUUGUCUAGGAACAUCGCAGAAUGGUUCAUGUAUCAGCUGAGCAGAAAAGAAGGGGUCACAUUAAGGUAUUCACAAAACAUGUUUGAAAUCUACUCCAUAUGAAGAACUGCUUAAUAAAAUAGGAACUAUACCAUUGAGACAGCAAAGAGUUAAGAAAAUAAUAUCGAAUGUAUAUAAAUUAAUAAAUGACUGAAAGUCUUUCUAAAUCUCAGACAAAGUACAUACUCGCUUAGAGGUAAAGAUAUUUUAAAACUGCCCAAAGUAAAUUCGACCACGUAUGGACUGAAGUCUUGGCGGUAUCAAGCCGCCAAAUUAUGGAACGCUCUUCCCGACCUAGUUAGAUCGGCAGAGAACUAUAAGCUAGGCUUUUAAAAACAGUAUAAAUGACAUUGACAUUGAGCAUAUUCUGGAUAUUUCCAAUGCAUAAUUAGUGUAAAUAGUUAUUUGGUUGAUUUAUGUAGAUAUUGAGAUAUAUAAUAGUUAGAAAUUCGUGGCAUUACCUGUAAAUUAGCUGAGUGUAGCUAAGUGUAAUUGUUUCACGUUAAAUGUAUUGUAUUGUAUUGUAUUGUAUUGUAUUGUAUUGCGCCAGCGACUCACUGGGGUUUUGACACACGAGUAUUUAUAUUUAUCUAGAUGGGUUUUGAUCAAUUGGUUGAAAUGGUCCCUUCGCUGGCCUCGCAAGGAAACACGAAAAUAAGUAAAGCUUCUAUUUUAAGAAAAUGUAAGUGUCUACAGUUAUCAAAACUGAAUGGAAUAAUGAAAUAAUUUUUUUCUAAAUAUAAAUAUGUUUCCUGAAUAAGGGAAUACCGAUUUUUUUUCCGUGCAGGAUUGCGUGAUCCAUGCAUGCACUAGGCCACGAGGGAUGUCGCGAGACUUUCGGAAAGCGUAGAAAUACUCGAGCCGCAGGCGAGUGUAUUUUUACGCUUUCCGAAAGUCGAGCAACAUCCCAAGUGCAUGGAUCACGCUAUCCUGCUUGGAAAACCAUUUGGUAUAAUUGUUUUAUAAAAUAACUACAGUGAAACAAUGACAUUUUGAAAAUCCCACGAAGGCAUUUUAAUUCCUCGUGCGGGAUAGCCUGAUCUUGCACGGCUAUUGACCAAUCAAAUUGCGUGUUUCACUGUAGUUAUUAUAUAAUAUGUUUUCUUUCAGCUGUCGACUACAUUUUGCAAGUUCAACAAGAACAGCAACGCAUGCUGAAAGAACGGGAGAAACUGAAGCGAGAUAUCGAAGAACUAAAUAUUGAAAUAAGGUUCGUCAAACAGAGUCUCUGGUUUACGCUAUCAAAGUUUCUGAGAUCACAGUAAGAAUUUUGCAUUGUAGGUAAAUUCUACGUUUUGAAGGAUUUGUAAGAAAUGUUUAGAUAAGUCGUUUAUUAUUACAAAAGGUACCAGCUUUGCAGUCAAAACACUGAAUUACGCUGAAAUACUCUUACAAUGAAUUGCGUAAAAUUUAUGUUAUAUUUACAAGAUUAAUUAAGAAAUUUUUUUAAAGACCAUGUAAAGUCCGUUCUGCGCGUACGUUCUGCGCAGGCUUACAUUCCAAUGGUCGGGAAUGUUAUUAAUAAUUCGUAUCUUUUGAACUUUUUUGAAUUGAAUCUCCAGCCUGUAUUCAUUUACAAGCAUAGCGAACCAGAAGAGUGUUAAAAAUUUAGUAUAAUAUAUAUCUAAUCGUAUUUUACAACUGCAGCACUGAGUUCAAAAUGUAAACAAAGCGUUUGUUUACAUUACGGACUUUACAUGGUCUUUAAAUUUUUUAAAAAAAUAUAAAAUUACGAAUCGAAGUUAAAUGUACUAUAAAUAAUUUUUUGAACCGACCUGUCUUUAAACUGACUUAGUGUUCAACACUGAGUCAUUUCCCUCAAAAUGUUCGUUCUGUGUAUUCGACGAUUGGAUACCCCCCCCCCCCCACCCCCAAUCCACCCCCCACACCACCCUCACUCGUUUUGAGCUGGGUACGCUCCUGUGUACAACGAAAGACCUUUAUACCAACUUAUUUUUCCAUGUAGUAAUUGUCAACAACAGUUACCCGAAACUGGUGUGAUGGUGAACAAACAGGUACGAACGCUCUUCAUAUUUUAACCUGAUUCGGCUUCGAUUCUCGCUACGGACUCAUGUGAAAAGAGUCAGUCAACGCUCUGCCGAAAGUCGUGGGUUUACUCUCCGGGUCCUCCGGUUUCCUCCCACAGGGAAAGUUGACAGGGUGGGUUACAGGGUUUAUUUUAAGAAAAAUUUAGAACUGCACACAUAGGGAUAUUACGAGGGCAACGUGUGUUUGACUUGGGGGGCGGGGGGGGAGGGGGGAGGGCGUCGAAGGAUUUUUUCCCUGCAUAUAGGCACAGAUGAGGUAAGUACAGAUAUGAAUCUCACGGCAAAUUAUGUCACACGGAUUAAAUAAACUUUAAAAUUGUAUUAAUUCACUAUUUUAUUAAAUUUUGAUAAUGCAGAGGAAUAAAACAAAACAUAUUAUAGAAGUAUUCAUGUUUUUUUUAUGCCAGAGUUAUGUUUUGAGGAAUUUAUAUCAUUCGCUGUUUUGUUAUUAUACAUGAGCUCUGAAAUUCCCAGCAAGUGUAUUUCACGAUUUUAAUAAGGAAUAGAUAGGGAAAAAAUCAAACUUUUGCUAAAUAAAAUGUUAUGUUAACACUUUUAAUAAAAAGAAAUCAAUAAAAGUGAUCGCUUACCGUUACUCUUGAAGAAUUAAUUCCAAAAAUAGCCGUCGGUAGCGUAGAUUUUUAAAAAAAACAAUUUUUCGUCUUUCGAACAGCGUUUUCCUAUCUCUUUCCUUAUUAAAUUUCAGAACGACACUUGCCAGCGCUCGCCGGAAGUGAGAAUUCCGUGUGACACAAAACAAUCAGCAAUUUGACGGAAGAUUCACAUCUGUACCUACCUCAUCUGUGAUAUAGGUGACAGAAUAAUGGUGUGGUUGGGUGGGAGAAUUGGAGAAAGGCCAGACAAACUCGUUUUUGGGUGCGGGAGCUAGGGGCUGAAUGCGGGAGCUAGAGGCUGUUAAGUUCUGGCAAAGAUUUGCUUUACUCAACCACUCACAAAAACUGUUUUAAAACAUGUACUGGGAAUCAUGGAUAUUCAAUAUAUAACAACCUUAAAUUUGCAUUUGAGGCAGCAAAGAGUAUUAAGUUCUCCCACUCUAAUCUCUUUUGGGGAGCUUCGGUCGUCCCAAUUUCACCUUCUUUUCCAUUACCCCAGCACGUAAGUGUUUUGUGAGGAAAAUAGAGUCCUCCCCCAGAAAUCGUUUAUAUUUUUGAUGCUCAAUUAAUGACGGCAUUUCUGGAAUUUUCUGGAGCAUCCACAAGGGUAAUGAGUAAAUGAGAAGACUGUUUUAAUUAAGGCUAUUUUUGUUAGUUUGGUGACUGCACAUUUGUGAUUUAAGAACUGCACAAAUGGGUUUAGAACUGCACAUUUUGUGUAGAACUGCACGUUAAAAUAAACCCUGGUGGGUUAGGAUAAACACAGUUAAGAAAGUAAUAUCACAAUUGUUGUAAUAAAAUAGUCUAGAUUAAGUAUGUAUUUAGCUAAGCGUAUAAUACUUGAUGUAAAGUGCAUUUGAUCAUGACCACAUGUAAAAUGUUAAAGAGGCUGUCAAGUCCGUUCUGCUCAUGCGCGUGUUUUGUUUACAUUUUUUGUUUCAAACAAUAGAUAAUUUAAUUAAAAUUCCGAUCUGUGGUUUGACUAAAUUAUCUAUUGUUUGAAACAAAAAAUGUAAACAAAACACGCACAUGAGCAGAACGGACUUGACAGCCUUCUUAAUUAACCUCGAAAUCUUUUUCGCUCAAUUCUUGCAUUCUCUUUCUUCAGGAUUACAUUGAACUGGAAUUAAUGUUUAAUCGUUAUAUCCAAGAACAAACCGAAGAAAAUCCAAAAUUUUGGAUCGUAUCCUCAUUCAAAUAUAAUCUCUGAACGGCCAGUGUGGGUAGUGCCAAUAACCGAUAAGUGUUGCGAGGAUGUCAUGUAGCCUAAAAUAUAUAUUUCUAUGUUUUUAGUACGCAAAACAAUGUCAGGUUGACUUGCACUUCAAAAGUUUCAAUUUAGUUCAGCCGGCUGUAGGCCACGAGAACGUCACAUGAUAUUCCUUAACUCCGGUCUGAAUGUUGCAGGCUAACUGAAAUUGCCAAUUUCAUUAAAUACUAGAUUCCCCUUAUUACGUUUUCGUAGCGCUUUGCAUUGUGGUUAUAGUGGUAUCACUGAUAUUCAAGAUGGCUUAUUUUUUGUCCUGACCGGUGCAAGAACUUUUAAAAAAAGCCUAGGGUCAGGUGCGCGAUAGCCAACAGCAAAAUAUUCGCGAAAUCAUUCAAUAUUUUCAUUCGAGGCCGCUAUCUUUAUCAGUGAUACCACUCUAACCACAAUCCAAAGCGCUACGAAAGCGUAAUAAGGGGAAUCAUCAAUUGCUGAUUUUUUAAUAAUCUGGCUAACACCCUGCUUUAUCCUGUAUUUAUCCCAAGACUUUCCUUAAUAUCAUCCUCAGUUCAGUGUAUUAAUGCGUCCAGUAUUUGAAGCGUACUGUACUACGGUAUCUACAGCGAAUUCAGAGGAGUUUUACACAACGGUUCUAAACUGGCUGAAUGAAAGUUGUUCCUUACCCAAACUAAGACCUAGUAAGUAUAUACUUCCUUUUGUCUGUUCCACAAAACCUUCAUUGUAAUUUCAAAUUCACUUUCAGUAUAAAUAGUUUCCUCCUGUAGUAACACUGGAUCAAUAAGAGAUGACUCUUACAGGACCUCUAGGCUGAACAGUGUAGAACUGAUAGAACUAUCCAGUAUAAAUAAAGUUAUUUUAGUUUAGGUUGCCUCCUGUAGUAACACUGGAUCAAUAAGAGAUGUCCUUUGCUGGUCCUCUAGGACUAGUAUAAAUAAAGUUAGUUUAGUUUAGGUUUUCUUCUGUAGUAACACUGGAUCAAUCACUGGACCUCUAGGAAGAACAGUUUAGAACGAUACAGCUAUCCAGUAGUAUAAAUAAACUUAGUUUAGUUUAGGUUUCCUCCUGUAGUAUUAAACACUGGAUCAAUAAGAGAUGAUCCUUACUGGACCUCUAGGAAGAACAGUUUAGAACUGAUAGAGCUAUCAAGUGUACAAUAAUGUUCUCUGAUUUUAUUUUCCAGGUGUCUUGUCUUCGCUACGAGAACUCAUCAAGAACACGAGUAUUCUUUCGGAUCCUUCAAAAUUCCCCGAGCAAGCCCGACUGGCAGCGAGUGCGCUCAACUCACAAACGACCUUUGACGCUCUACUGAGGUAA